AUGGUCCCCGGCAGUCGCUAUGUCUGCAGCUCUCAUGCAAGAGAGGAGGACAACACAAAUGAUCGGGAGGAGCGGAUUCUAGCCGUGCUGGGCAUCAUCGGAACCAUCCUCAAUCUUUUAGUGGUCAUAUUUGUCUACAUCUACACCUCUGUUACAUAA